CUCGCCUUCUCUUCACAUGCCGAGCGCGUUGCGUCAUAGCCCUUGCCCUACAACUACGCCGUCCCUCCUGCCAUCCAUCUCCAAACCACCAGAACCUUCUGACCCUGCAUCAACAAGCCCUACCCCAGCUCCCUGCACGAAGCUCAAAGCUACCCCGCCAUCACCCCACCACCAUCAGCCUUACCGAGCAAACACACCCGACAUCCCCAGCAAACAUGUCGCACUCGCACUGUCACGACGAGCAUCACGACCACUCACAUGGCGACGGGCACGACCACAGUGACGACAUCACGCCCGCGCUACAAAACAUACUCUACGAGCAACUCGACUUCCCCAAGCUCGUCACGCUCAACGAAGAUGAAUCCAACAGCGGCCGCGCAAUCUGCCAGAAGACAUGGGCGCAGCGCCUCGACCCGGAACCCGAGCUAAAGAGCAGCGCCGACGAACAAAUCCUCAUGACGGUCCCCUUCACGGGCCAAGUCCGCCUCCACUCCAUCAUUCUGCGCACAAGCCCCGGGCCCGACUGUCCAAAGACCCUCAAAGUUUUCGUCAACGAAGACUCGCCCGACUUCGAGACGGCCGCCGAGAAGGAACCCACACAGAUACUAGAGAUCAGUCAGACGAGCGAAGUGCAAGAGAUACCCGUAAAGAGAGCAAAGUUUGGCACUACACGUAGUCUGAGCUUGUUCUUCGAGGAUAACUGGAGUAAUGGCGAGGAGGACGAGACGCGAAUAAGCUAUCUGGCGUUCAAGGGCGACUUUAUGAAGCUGAACAAGGAGGCGGUCUCUGUGCUGUACGAAGCUGCUGCAAACCCUAAUGAUCAUAAGAAUAUUGUGGGGAUUGGUCAGGGCGUGGGAAGGAGUAUACAGUGAGUAAGGCGGUUGUAUUGAGCUACAAGUAGUCGCGUUGGAGGAACUUCACAUGGGCAUGGCGCAUGGCAAGGCGUCAUUAUCAAGUAGCAUAGGAUAUGCUUCAGUGUCGAUUCUACGACAUUGACGUGUGUAAACAAUUGCAUUUCAUAGUCUGAACGGUCAGCAAAGGCGCAUGGAAUGUUUAU